AUGGCGAGUAUUAAAAUAUACCAAGUCGAUGCCUUUACUAAUCAAUUGUUUGGCGGCAAUCCGGCAGCUGUAUGUCCACUAGAUAAGUGGUUACCCGAUGCAGUGAUGCAAAAUAUUGCUGCUGAAAAUAAUCUGUCCGAAACAGCUUUCUUUGUACCUACUUCCAGUGACAACACAUACGAAAUUCACUGGUUUACACCUACGGUGGAAGUAGACUUAUGUGGUCAUGCGACGUUAGCGACAGCACAUACGAAGAAGGCUGGUGAACUCACAGUAAAUCGACAAAAAGAAAAUGAUUUAUAUACCCUCGAUUUUCCAGCUCGUCCAGCUACCAAAGUCGAUUUGCCAAGUGGCAUGUUGUCAGCGUUACAAAGUGAAAAGGCUCCAAUUGGUGUUUAUAAAGCAAGGGACUACUUGCUCGUUUAUGAAAACGAAGUCGACAUCAAACAGUUGUCGCCGGACUUUACUGUAUUGAGCAAAAUUGAGGAUGUUUUUGCUGUGAUCGUCACCGCUCCUGGCGACGAAGUAGAUUUUGUUUCACGAUUUUUUGCUCCUAGCGCCGGCGUUCCCGAAGAUCCCGUGUGUGGUUCAGCUCAUUGCACUCUUACUCCUUUCUGGUCUGAACGAUUAGGUAGAAAUCAACUGCAUGCUUACCAGAUUUCGGCGCGUAAGGGAGAACUUUGGUUGGAAUAUAAAGAUGAUCGAGUGUUGCUAUCUGGCAAAGCGGUUACAUAUUUAAAAGGAGAAAUCAAUAUUUGA